AUGGCAAUCACAAUUUUGGCUCCGGUGGUGGAGGAUGUGCGCCAGGAUGACUCUCACGCUCCCCAUGGCUAUGCCGAUCAGUCUAUGUCCGAGGAUUCCGACUCGGACGUCGAAAUGGGCGGCGUCUCUCUAUCCCAGAAGCGACGGCCCCGCGACAGCAACAAUCUCGCAACAGGAAUCAUGACUCCUGGCGAGGUUGUGACGGAUGACCCGCAAUGGAUGAGAGGUCACGGAACCUACACCAACCCUCUUUCGACCUCUAUCAUUGCCACGGUCGCCGGUCACAUCGAAAAAGUCAACAAGUUAAUCUCUGUCCGCCCUUUACGAGCCCGGUACACCCCCGAAAUCGGUGAUCUUGUCGUAGGCCGCAUUGUGGAGGUACAAUCACGACGAUGGAAAGUCGAUGUCGCCGCCCCGCUACUUGCUCAACUCCCUCUCUCCGCGAUCAAUUUGCCCGGAGGCAUUCUACGACGAAGAACCAGCGCCGAUGAGCUCCAGAUCCGAACAUUCUUCAGCGAGGGCGACCUCGUUGUCGCCGAAGUGCAAAGCGUACACCAGGACGGAUCCGCCUCACUCCACACUCGAUCGUUAAAGUAUGGCAAGCUUCGAAAUGGAGUUUUCCUCGCAGUGACUGGCACAGGUGGGAGUGGUGCUUCUAGCUCUAAACCGAAGAAGUCUGGGUCUAGUUUGGCGCGGGAUUGGGGGGUUGUUCGAUCCCGGCGACAGGUGUGGACUCAGCAAACAGCAAGCGGUGGGGCAGACGUAGAUAUCAUUUUGGGAGUAAACGGGUACAUCUGGAUCUCCAAGCAUGUCGAAGGAACAGAUGCAGCUUCCUCCGCCUCGGAAAAUGUUUCCAUCACACGGAUGGAGGAAAUGGUGUCCAGCUCAAUCUAUUCCAGCCAGAAUGACGAGAUCUCGCCGCAGACUCGUCAUGAAAUAUCCCGCUUGUCGCAGUGCAUCCAGGUGCUUGUGCAAAACGGAGUUCGCGUUGAGAUGGAGACGGUGCAAGCGGCCUACGAGGCUAGCCUGCAAGUGGAUCUAGAAGUGGGCGACGAUGAAGACGAAUUAAGCGAAGAGGGUCGUGAUUAUUUGGAAGGAAACAAGGCAUCUCGUCUCAUUGAGCUGGUAGAGCAACGGUGGGCGAAACAAGAGAAGAUCGAAUGA